CAGAGCCUUAGCAACGGAAAAACUUUGUUGAUUCAAAGGAAACGCUUUAGGGAAUUUCAAGCCAAAACAUUUGGAGAAACAAACAGCAAGAUGAAUAUUAGCUCGACUAUAUGCUGGUGCAACUGCUACAAUAGCGAAAGUAUCGUCAAUGUCGGUCCCGAUGUGCUCUGCCUGCGCGAGGGCAAUCUGCUCAAAUUCCUGCAGAUAUCGACUAAGACGAUCAGCUACUUUCGUGCGGAGACGCCGGCAACUGGUCUACAAAUCAGCGCUUUUGCUGGCCACAAUCGCUUUCCGCUCUUUGGCUUCGCCGAAAGCAUUCUGCAUCCCAACAUCUACGUAUGCAAAUAUCCCGAAUUCACAAAGUUCACAACGCUGAAGUCUGACAUUGUGCUGACCUUUACAAUGAUCAGGUUCUCUGAGGUCGAUCUGUUGAUUGGCAUCGGCAGCUAUCCCAGAUAUGCGAUUUGUGUGUUUAACUAUCGCACCGGCUCAACUCUUCUGGAGCAUCCGACUAAUAUAGCGACACCAGAAUUCUCCUUGAUGGUGGGCACAACUAAUUUGCCGACAAUAGUUCAGUAUGACAAGAUGGAAAUGACUAUCAUUUGCUAUGAGAUGUUCUUCAUUGAUAAGAUCGCGUAUUUGAAUAGCACAUCCACAGUGACCAUGGGCAGGAACUAUGCCAAGUCGGCUAGGCAUUUCAUGUGCUUCGGCGAUGACCAAGGGCUCUAUGUGGUCAACGAUUUUGGCGAAUUCUCGCAGAUUGAUAUUCCCUGCUUCGCAAUCAAGUCGCGAUGGAAGCCCACCUAUAUUACUGAAACGGGGGUCGCUGAAUUGGGGCCACGUGCACACGCGAUCAUAUCACAUAGACUCGGAUUUCUGAUCAGCAAUAGCAGCAGGGCGUUCUAUAUCAAGAAGAAGCACGGCAGCUUCAUCGUGGAGUGGACCAUCGAACAGGACUUGACCAAUAUUAAGCUGUUCAUUAGCAACAAUGGUGAAGUCUAUGCAUCGGGCAGGUAUGGCAGCAUUGAUCGAGUGGUGCUAGGGGAGAACGAGGGCAAGCUAGAGUCGAUGAUUGUGGCCGGUAAGCCCAUUCUCGCAUUCCGCAUACUCGCUUGUUUCAAGGAGGAGGUUGUUGCGGUCAUACACGACGACGGCUGUGCCAUGAUGGACUUGCCAACGGGAAAAGUUAUCUCGCAUGUGCCCAUCCGGUCGCCAACUGUCUUUUGCGUGCAUCGCGCGAACCCUUUCGUUGUUGUGGGCACGGCUGAGGGCAUCCUUAUGCUCAUCCACUACGAGAAGCCGUCAACUCCAAAUGUAGUGUCCCGGAUCGAGUGCAAUACGCCAGCUGUAUAUGAUAUGUCAUUUUACGACAACUGCUUCGUGUUUCAAGACCAGGCAAAGGCCUUGCACGUCGUGAACGUGGAAUAUCGGCCGCCCAAGAUGACGCACUACUUCACCUUAAAUGACGAUCAGCUGCUCACGCAGGUGUUCAUUCAGACCUUUCUGCUGGUCGAAGGGCCGCGUCUACUGGUCAUGAUUUCGCGCGACGGCAGUCUAGAGAAGCCCGGUCAUGCGGAGGAGAUGUGGAUCUACAAUUGGGGCAAAGACAGACGUUUCCACAGGCGCGAGCUGUCGCUGCCCAACAGCUAUGUUGCCUUCCACAUACAUCCGCCGAUGGGCCGCUGGGUGCAGAUUGAGAUUGCGGCCGUGGUCAAGGACAGCACAGUAUUUGAUGUAUUAACGCUCAACGAAAACAACGAUCUCCAUUGGUCCACGUCGAUUAAGACGACGCACUUUGGCCACCUGACUGGCAUUACCGUCACAAAGCACUUGCUCACAUGGGGCGUUGAUGGCGUCAUGCUUCACUUUCGCCAGCACAAGCGCUCCCGACAGCCAUUCAUGAUGUCGCGUUUCUUGUUGCUAUUGCUGAGGCCAGCCUUCUUGAAACGCGUCACGGAGUGCUAUAAUUCGAAAUACCUCAUAGUCUUGAGUAGCAAAAAUAUAAUGACUGUAAGUCGCCUGCCCUCGCUUGCCGACUUUAUACGCGAGAACUCGGAAAUGCCAGUGCCCGAGAAAUUCGUAAUACAGGCAACGGCGAUGGUGACACGCACCUUUCAGCCGCUCACUUUGAAAAUGGAGGUCAAAGAGGAGUACGCACAUGCGGAUCUGUUCAAGCGAGAGAAGGUGCUGCAAAUGAUACAAGACUUCUCGGCCAAGGUGACGGCGCUGAUCGAUUAUGACAUUUCCGUAACGGGCAAGACGAAGGGCAUAUUCAAGAAAUUUUGCUUUCACUACAAAUGGCUGGACACCGUGACGGAGGAGGCGCAUAAGCUGUGCGAGCUGGAGAGGGCGUCACUGAUGCGCGCCAUCGAGGAUCAGACGCGCAUUAGGAAUUGGAUUUAUACUCUGAUCACGCGCGAGGCGACAGGCAUUAAUUACAAGGUGCGAUCUAUAUUCGCAGAUGCGAACUUCGAAUGCUUCUCUUUGCCGCGAAAAACGAAUAUGGUGGAAUUUGAUAAGUAUCGUUUCUAUGAUCUGGAGGAUCAUAUACGACUCUCUGCGAUGUCAAUUGAGGAAAUUGAGAAUGACGGCAGUCAGGAGCUGGUGUCCGGCGAAGAUACUGAAGGCGCCAAAAAAACAUUUCGCGAACUUAAGAACUAUGUGGUGGAAGGUCCCUGCGUCUACGAUCACAUAAUGUCGCCACAAUUUCAACUGCAGAACUAUAAGUCAGUCACCUCGAAUCAAUUGUUCAAUGACAAUACAAAAUAUCACUAUUAUUUGGUUGAUCCCUUGAAGCUCGAGUUCAACAAGUACUUCCACGAGGCUCAGCAACUGAAGAAGGAGACCAUCGACAAUGUGCUCAGCACAAACAACGUGCUCAUUAAGAUCUAUGACAACAUGAAUUGCAUGCUGAGGCUCUUGAGAAUGGAUCCGUUAAUUCCGCCUGAGCUGACCGUGCCAAAGCUGGCCAGGGACGAGAUCAUCAGGUGUAUUGUGGAGGUCGAUGAUUGCGAAAUUAAGGCAAUCAAUCGGCGUAGGAGGAAGACCAUUGAUACGGGCGGCAAACGGGGUCGCUUGCUGCUGUGGUCCGUGGAGUUCUGGGCGCGGGCUUUAAUCGUCAUGAUGGAUGGCGUGAUUGAGAAGCUGUGGGAGGAGGAGAUCAAAAAGGAUAUAGCAGUGCCGGAGUUUGUGCUUAAGAAGCAGCCCCAUGAGUAUUCACUGGAGGAACAAAAGAUUUACCGUGCCUACGAGGAGGCCGUCAACUUACUACAGGAAGAUCGUCGCAAAUAUUUGCGCAUCUUGAACGAGAACGAAGCCAAGACGCUGCAGCUGAAGACCAAGCAAAUUCUCAAGCUGAACCAUCGCGUCGCCGAGCUGAUGCUGCUCAAGUUCAAGUACAACUUUGCCCAGAAACAGUGUCGCAUGCGCACGCUCAAUUUUGUGGAAAUCCACCUCAUACGCAGUCAACUGCGCCGGGAUAUCAUUGCCCUGCGAGCCCAUGUUGAUAAGUUGGGUGACUACAUAAGGCGGUACACCAACUUGCAGGAGUUUUGGGAACAGGCCAUGCAGGAAGUGCGCACGCGCCUCGAGGCCCAGCAGACUCGAGAUCGCGCUCUCGAACGGCAAUUCCGGGGCAAUUACUUAAACUCUGUGCCGCAUGCCGCCCACGAGAUGACAAAGCUCUUCAAGAAGCGGCCCAAGCUAUCUAACAAACUGUUCAACUCACAUCUAAUUUGCAGCGAAGUGGCACAAAAGCUCGGGCCCAAGCAACCGAAUCGUAUGACAUUCCCCAUGCCCAAAGAGAUACACGAUUUUCUUGCCUUCAUCGCCGAGAAUGAUGCACCCAAGAACUGUCCAACCUCGGUGGACGCUAAGUCCUGGGAUGCUUUUGUCAAGUUGCGCCGUCAAAAGAUCGAAAGUGAACUGCGCCUGAAGGGCCUCGGACAUCAGGUGUUAGACAGCCAAACCUACUAUAACAGCCUUACCAAGGAUAUAAACGGGCUGAAGGAUACCAAGGCUCUAACUCAAAAGGAAACGGACGAUACCAUACAGAAUUACCUGGAGGUCUUGAGGAAUGCGCCGCUUCAGUUGACCUUGACACUGGGCCAAGUGGAGGUGUCAGUUAGGGGCUCCGUCAAGGCGCUGUCAAACAGCGUGCUGAUGCAUGUGGAUGACAUCAAUGAUGUUAAUCGCAUGAUAAAGGACGCUGGCAACAAGAAGAUCAAGGCCAUGCAGCGCGUCGCCGUCUUCAGGCGUCAGGUGAUAUUCAAGGAAUGGGAGCACAAGCUGUACAAGGCCAACAUAGCCUAUCUCAAGUAUAUGCUGGAUGCCAUCGGGAAGUGCAAGAUAACCAUCGAGUUUCUCAACAUUCUGCGCAACUGGGAGAAGAUGAAGGCCAAUCGACAGAAAAUGAUGACGGCCGGUGCCAUAGAACGUAUUAUAGAGCAGAAAAUCGCAGUGUUCAGAAAGCAGAUCGAACGCGUCAAUAUUCAAAUCGACGAUGUCAAGCGGCAGACUCUCGAGAAAAAACGGCAAAAUCAUUUGAUUGACUCGAAAAUCGAUCGGCUCAAAGUCGAUGUUGCUCUGAAGAGCUCAAUGCGCGACACUAUGAUGGAAGAACGUCGCGAUCGCGAGCAGCACGAACGCAUGGAACAGAUUAAGACCCAUCGUCAGCUGUUGGACAGUGUGCGUAAGCACUAUGCUCACGUCUUGGAAUUGCAAACGAUCUUGGAGCUAUUGCGCUUGCGCACAUACCCAACUUUGGGCCCACCUUUGCCCCAGUGUCAUCCACCCGUACCAGAGCAUAUUCUCAAUUCUGUACCUUAGAUUAAUAUAUGUCACAUCGAUUGUCUCCAAUAA